AUGUUGCAGACUCCUAAGAAACACACCAAAACCCACUCCACGUAUGCGUUCGAGAGCAACACCAACAGCGUGGCCGCGUCUCAGAUGAGAAACGCCCUCAACAAAUUGGCCGAUUCCGCCAAAGACGAGCAAGUGCGCGCCAAGUGCGAAGUAGAGCUCGACUCGUUCUUCACACUGUUCAGACGGUAUCUGGUCGAAAAAGCGUCCGGAAACACCCUGGAAUGGGACAAGAUCAAGUCGCCAAACCCGGAAGAAGUGGUCGAGUACUCCGUUAUCGAGCAACAGCCGGAAACCGUGGCCAAUCUCAGCAAACUGGCCGUUUUGAAGCUCAACGGUGGUCUCGGAACGUCCAUGGGCUGCGUCGGCCCCAAAUCUGUCAUCGAGGUCCGCGACGGCAACACGUUUUUGGACCUGUCCGUCAGACAGAUCGAAUACCUCAACAGACAAUACGACAGCGACGUGCCACUGCUGUUGAUGAACUCGUUCAACACGGACUCCGACACCGCCCAUCUCAUUAAGAAAUACACCGCCAACCGCAUCCGCAUCCGCUCUUUCAACCAGUCCCGUUUCCCCCGCGUGUUCAAAGAUUCGCUUUUGCCCGUGCCCUCGUCCUACGACGAAGAUCUCGACUCCUGGUAUCCACCAGGUCACGGUGACCUGUUCGAGUCUCUGCACGCGUCGGGUGAGCUCGAUGCUUUGAUUGCACAAGGCCGCGAUAUCUUGUUCGUGUCCAACGGUGACAACUUGGGUGCUACCGUUGACCUUAAGAUCCUCAACCACAUGAUCGAGACCGGCGCCGAAUACAUCAUGGAAUUGACCGACAAGACCAGAGCCGAUGUGAAAGGUGGUACUUUGAUCUCAUACGACGGUCAAGUCCGUUUGCUAGAAGUCGCACAAGUGCCAAAGGAGCACGUUGACGAAUUCAAGAAUAUUCGUAAGUUCAAGAACUUCAACACCAACAAUCUAUGGAUCAAUUUGAAAGCUAUUAAGAAAUUGAUCGAGUCUAGUACUUUGCAAAUGGAGAUCAUUCCAAAUCAAAAGACUAUCACCAGAGGUGGCCACGACAUCAACGUUUUGCAACUGGAAACCGCUUGCGGUGCUGCCAUUAGACAUUUCGAGGGCGCUCACGGUGUGGUGGUCCCCAGAUCCCGUUUCUUGCCCGUAAAGACCUGUUCUGAUUUGUUUUUAGUGAAAUCCGAUCUGUUCGAAUUGGAGCACGGUGCUUUGAAACUCGACCCUUCAAGAUUCGGGCCCAAUCCACUCAUCAAGUUGGGCUCGCAUUUCAAAAAAGUUUCGGGCUUCAAUGCGCGUGUUCCUCAUAUCCCCAAAAUUGUCGAAUUGGACCAUUUGACCAUUACGGGUAACGUGUUUUUGGGCAAAGGUGUCACUUUGAAAGGUACCGUCAUCAUCGUUUGUUCCGAGGGCCAGAAAAUUGAUAUUCCUAACGGCUCCGUUUUGGAGAACGCUGUUAUCACCGGUAAUUUGCAAAUCCUAGAGCAUUAG